CUUCCCUCUGGAUUAUCUGACACUGUGAACACCUGCUACUCACUUACUCUGUUCCGAUGGGUUCUACCUUUAAGAAGUUCUGCUGCUGCUGUUGUGCCGGCGAUGAAGAUGAUGAGGAUGAGAAGCAGCCAUUAGUACCUCAGGACCCACUGGAGUAUUUUAACCGUGAGGUCCAGAAGCGUCGUGAAGAGGAGACCAACCUGUGGAGUGAGCCAGGAGACCCCAGCCACUCAGAGAGGGAUGACGACCGGGUCCUUUACGGCCUGCUGCAGGCCAGGACCAAGACCCGCAUGGGAUCCACGGGCUACCGUCGUCUGAGCUGCGACAUUGAGGCCAUGAGAGACACCCGGCGAGAGGUCAGAGACAAGUGGAGGACAAUUCUGGAGGAUCUAGGUUUCAUGGCGGAGGCAGACUCGCUGCUGACGGUGUCCGCCGGCACGUCCAGUGACCGCAUGCGCAAUGCUCCGGCAGCACGUGCCCUCCUCCACUCGCUCAACACCGAGACGGCCCUCUUCGACACCAAAGGCCCGCCCCCAGAGAGAUAUCUCUUUAUCCUGGAUCGUCUCCUGUAUCUAGAUAUAGGCGAAGAUUUCCUGGCAAAGGCAAAGCAAUUCUAUCCGCCCAGGGAUAGCUCCGACGAGGACGAGACAGGCCUUGGCAUAAACCUGCCGCUGCUGCUGGCCAGGGUGGAGGCCAUGAACGGGGCAGCCGACGAUGACAGCGAUAGAGAAGGUGGAAGUGACAGAUCCUAAGAUCUACUGGCUGCAAUAAUAACAGACACAAGGCAGGGGGCAGUAGUCAUCAACCCUUGAGACCCUGGAUGAAUUGCAUAGCUCCUUUCUUCAAGUGCCUCAUACAGUGUUACUGCUGCUCUUUGGAAGUUUUAGGCUGAAGAAUUUCUCGUUUUCUCCCCCAACUGCACAGCUUGAGUUUUAUUAUGUGUUCUCUGGUCAAAAUCUAAAAGGGUUUCAGCAGAUUUCCAGGUGAAUGUUACAGACAUGUUUACUGCGAGUGUGUUUUUUUCUUCCUCUGUCGACCAAAAAGUUCCCAGCCUGUUUAUUGUUCAGCUGUUGUGAAGCUUCAGGGUAGCGACGUUCCUUUGAGCAGAACCUCUUUAUAUUUUGUCCUAUGAUUAUCAGCACUCAUUUCAUUCAAUCACAUGAUUGGUAGCAACACAAAACAAAAACAAAUAGCUCGGUAUAAGUAAUACUUUUAACAAAUUAAAGUCUGCAGAGUUGACUUUAGAGAAAGACCAGAUGGAAGUACAAUGAAGGAAGUACCGUAUGUUGAACUUUUAAAAUGUGUGUGUGACAUUCAGGUGAUGUGAGGGUGUUUUUGUUUCCCUCCAGCAAGUUGCUGAAAAUGUGAAACGUUUCUAAACUGGUGGCACUUUGCGUGUGUGUUAUAGUGUCCAGUUCAUGAUGAAAUAAAGUUGCAGUCUAAAGCC